AUGAUGAGUAAACGGCUGUUUAGUACUGCUACUAUUCGUAGCUUCAAGAGAAAGUGCUGUUCGAGUGAUAUAUUUAGAUCUAUGCCUCGGGUACCAACUACACAAUUUUUAGAAUCAAGAGAGUUAACGAGGGAUAUCCUAUUUAGUGGUUAUAGACCUGUCAUGUAUCCGGUAAAGGAGAAUCCACUUUUCAAAGAACGCACGAGAAAUGGGGAAUUAACAGACGAGCUACAAAGUCGCCAUAACAGUGGACUACGACAAGGGAGGACCCAGGAAGAGGAAAAGGAAAGUGGAGAAGAAUAUAGCGUUAUUGCGGGUCCUCGAGGUUGCGGUGGUAUUGCGUCUGGUGGUGCAAGUGGUACGUGGAGAAACGGUGCAAAAAUGCCAAGUAAAUUAUUACCAUACAGUUGGUGGUCGACUACGUCUAUGGGUAUGGAAUUUUUCCCCGAGUGGGAAGGUGUUCCUAGGCAUGUGGUUAGGAAACUGAAGCCGUUUGAUCGUGGACACGAUACCUUAGACAUACUAGAAUCUAUAAAGGUUAAUGGGAAUCCGAAGUAG